AUGACUCCUUUUUCUCUCGCUCUCUUUCUUCUUUCUCGCGCAACAGAAAUCAAACACGACCUCUUGCUCACCAAUGAUGCUUUCGACAUGAGCUUGCUUUCCCAGGGCAACAAGCGGGCACGGCCGGUGGUGUCCUGCCUCCGCUGCAGAGAGAAGAAGCUGAAAUGCGACCGUGCCGAUCCUUGCGAGAACUGCAACAAGGCAGGGCAGUCGGAUUGUACAUACAAUCAACAUCCAGAGUCAAUCCCAAGGGCCAAGCGAAUCCAGCUUGCUCCUGAAAUUGCCAAGCGCCCAGAAGAAAGGGAGAUCGGCAUCAUCGAAGAUGUACAGCAACGCCUAGCUCGAGUUGAGGAACUGCUUGCUAUUCGAGACAGCAGGGAUUUACCCACUCAAAACUCUUGGCUUAAUGACCUGCCAUCACCAAGGUUGCAGUCACAUCCUGGUACGUUGGUAGUCAAGGGCUCUCGGUCCCGGUACCAUGGCCAAAACGGCAGGAUUACUCUCCUGAAUCAAUUCGACGAAGCAAAAGGAUUUGUCAAUCAAUGUUGUCAAGAUUCCUCGAUUGUGAAGCUCGCCAAAGAGGUGCAAUUUUUGCAGAGCAAGACGAAAUCACUCUUCAGCUCUCCGCAAUCAAUCUCUGAAUUGGAAGGCUUUCCAGAGCUACUGCAGCUACUUAAAUGUCUGCCCCCAAAGGAAGUAUGUGACAGAUUGCUCACCAUUUAUACCACAAAUUUUGAGCAAACCCUCAGAAUCCUACAUGUCCCGUCGUUCCUCCGCCAGUAUGACGAGUUCUGGGCUCACUCGGACGAUGAGCUCUACCUGGGUUCCUCGUUCGUGCCCCAGCUUACAUCAGUACUGGCUGUUUCGGUCACCUUGGGUGACAAGGUCAUUGAAGCUGACCAUUACGAUUCCUGGGAAUACCUGAAGCUCAACUCUGUCAAUUUACUCCAAGCAUGGCUCCGGAAUCUUCCGCGUAAACACCGAACGGAACUUGCCACGCUCCAAAUCGAGACACUCAUUCUCCUCGCCCGCCAGCUUCGCUCGGUCGCAGCCGAAGAAUCCUGGAAAGAAGCCGGUUCGCUUGUCCGCUCUGCAAUGGUCAUGGGGUUGCAUGUCAAUUUCUCUGGGUCUACCAAGAUGUCAAUUUAUCAAGCUGAAAUUCGACGUCGCUUAUGGUUUACCAUCGCUGAAAUGGAUCUACAAGCUUCAAUCACAACCGGGAUGCCAAUAAUGACACCCCAGCUUGAUUUCCACGAUGUCUACCCUGCUAACCUCAACGACUCCGAUUUCGAUCACACCACAACUGAGCUACCUGAUUCUAAACCCUCAGAGGAACGUACCGACAGUCUCGCCCUGAUAACAUUGGCGAAGAGUCUUUCUCAUCGCAUAAUGGCCGUAAACACCGCACACCACUUGGGUCUCAAGAUCGACUCCAACGAAUACAUGAAGCAAAGACAAACAUUGGAAAAUUAUCUACGGGAUAUUCAUUCAUCAUUAAGGAUGAAUCGGAAUUCAAGCAGCCAAAGUGACCCAUCCGUUCUGUUCAACCAAUUUCUCCUAGACCUCUACAUCCGCCGACCGCUCUUAUGUCUCUACCGAUCUGUCAAAUCAAAAACUCCUGACUUGUCCGCUUCAUCCCUUGACUCAUCUCUAGCGGUCCUAUCCUAUCAAGACUACUUCGACCCCAAUCUCGCUGACCUCGAUGUCCAGAACAGUAGUGGAUACUGGGACAUAUUCCAUACGUUCUGUCAAAAUGAUAUAAUGUCAGCAGCACUUGGCGUUUGCGAAUACAUGAAGCUGUCAACCCAGAAUGCAGACCAAGUCGCCGAAGGGCCAGAUCCCACUACCAGUGCGCCGCAUACAAAAGCAAGUCUCAUCCGAAUGGUCGAAAAUACUCUUGAUAGCUUGUCCCGUCGCAUAGGCGAGGCGGGGAACAAUUUUAAGGACAUUCUCCUCCUUUCAGUCGUUUUGCAGUCAGUUCGCGGCCGCGGCUCACUAGAGACUAAACAAGGAUGGAUGAUGCAGGGCGCAAAAAAGGCUCUUUCUGCUUGUCGCCAGUAUCUUCUGACCGCUGAUGCGGUGUCAUCUUUCGGACUUCAACAGACUGAUCCUACUCACCCAUCGACUGUGCAAUCUGACUCGGUACCCUCUGCUUUCCUGCAGAUGCCGGAUUUGAACCUAGCUGCGGACUUUGCCAACUUCCCGGGCCUUCAGAAUGAUCUAUUCUCCUUUGAUGAAGACGCCUUUGCUUGGAAUUCAUGA